UGAGAGGUGGUGUCCACUAAACAGGCUCUGAGUGUGCCACCGGGCUGAGGCAGGGAAACAGGACGCCCUCUGUAGGACGGUGACAGACCGAUGGACACGGAGGUGCAGGGACACGCGGCUCGCGCUGUUGUGGACGUAGUCAAGAAAACAGAGCGCGUGAUUUAGUCUACAUCUAAUACAGGCGCUAGACUGGUACAGUGCCGGCACUCGGCCUCUAGACAUUGCUUCCUCAAGCUUUUUUUUCUCUUUCACUUUUUUAAUCAGCUCAUUUGAGAAACAUCCAGCCUGGACCAACACUGUGAGGCGCUGGUAAAGGAGUUAAGAUGGACAGGCGUGGGGGAGGAGAUGCCAGCAGGACAGCAGAGAACGAGAGCGACAAGAGGAGCAAAGAACAGCGCAACAAGGCUGAAAAGGAUGAAAAGGAAAGUGAAGGAGGAAAGAAGGACAAAGUAAAGAGAGAGAGUCGGAGGUCAGGAGGCUGGGCGCUGAGCGAGCGUCUGGCCAUCAAUGUCUCAGGGAUGAGGUAUGAGACGCAACUACGCACAUUAGCACAGUUUCCCAACUCACUGCUCGGUGAUCCGCAGCGCCGCCUGCGCUAUUUUGACCCCCUCCGCAACGAGCUCUUCCUGGACCGCAACCGCUUCUGCUUUGAUGCCAUCCUGUACUUCUACCAGUCAGGCGGCCGUCUACGCCGGCCUGCCAAUGUGCCUCUGGACAUCUUCAUGGACGAGCUGCGCUUCUACGAGCUCGGUGAAGAGGUCAUGAUGCGUUUCAGGGAAGAUGAGGGUUUCCCUAAAGAGGAGCCAAGGCCGCUGCCACAGAAUGAGGUCCAGAGAAAGCUGUGGAUGCUCUUCGAGCACCCCGAGUCAUCAGGUGGUGCCCGCAUCAUCGCCAUCAUUAGCGUCAUGGUCAUUGUGGUGUCCAUCGUCAUCUUCUGUCUCGAGACACUGCCCGACUUCAGGCUGGAGAAAGAAUUGAGAGAGCAAGCGUCGUUCCACUCGCACCACUCCUCUGCGAACAGCACGGCCCCGGUGCCCCACUUCUCUCCGUUCCAGGAUCCCUUCUUCAUCGUGGAAACCAUGUGCAUCUGCUGGUUCUCCUUCGAGCUGCUGAUGCGCUUCGCCUCCUCGCCGAGCAAAAUGUCCUUUUUCAAGGAAUUGAUGAACGUCAUUGACUUCUUCGCCAUCAUCCCGUAUUUCGUCACACUGGGCACGGAGCUAGCUCGGUCCAAAGGUGGCACGCCCGCCAUGUCCUUGGCCAUCAUCCGUGUCAUCCGUCUGGUGCGUGUCUUCCGGAUCUUCAAGCUGUCACGCCACUCUAAAGGCCUGCAGAUCCUGGGCCAGACGCUGAAGGCCAGCCUGAGGGAACUGGCGCUGCUGAUCUUCUUCCUCUUCAUCGGUGUGGUGAUCUUCUCCAGCGCCGUCUACUUUGCCGAGGUCGACAGCCCCGACACUUCCUUCACCAGCAUCCCCGAGGCCUUCUGGUGGGCCGUCGUGUCCAUGACAACGGUCGGCUACGGCGACAUGUACCCGGUGACAGUGGGGGGCAAGUUAGUGGGCUCCAUGUGUGCCAUCGCUGGUGUCCUGACCAUCUCACUUCCUGUCCCUGUCAUUGUGUCCAACUUCAGCUACUUCUACCAUCGUGAGAUGGAGUGUGAGGACAGCCAGGAGUACACACAUGUCAACACGUUGCUGUGGGAGAAAGAGAAAGGGGACAGCGAGGAUGAGGACGGGGAUGGGGAUGAAGAGCCCGACUAUGCACCCUUGGAAGGAGGCGUGGACUGUAGAGGGAUCUGUGCGCCACUCAAUGGGACUCUACUCGCCGGAUUGUGUGCUGGGGAACAGAGAACGGGCAAUGUGUACCGAGGAGAACCGCUCGUCACGCAAGUGUGAGAGAGAGAGAGAGAGAGAGAGAGACCAGGGUUUCCAUCCACUCGUUCAAAUUCUAAUCCUACAUUUUCAUUAGCAUGAUUGUUUUGAGAUUUUCUCAGUUUUGUAGUCAUUAUUAAAUCUAGUCCUGAUGCAUUAAGUAUCCAAUCCAAACAAACUCGUCUUCUGUUCCUCACUAACAGCUUUAAUUCCUACCUGUAAUCAGUCCUGACUUACUGUUUGAUGCACAACUUAAACUUGUAAAAGCAACUUCAAGUUGUCAAGCAGGACCGAAUUAAAAUCCAACUUCAGUACAUUAAAUUUAUUCCUUAGGUAAUAUAUUUUGACAAAAUGCCAAACAGGCCACGUCCACGAGCAACGAAAUACCAGUGAUAAAUUCGGACUGGUUUGAAAUAAGUUCCCCUAAGCAACAUCUCGCUCAGGUGCCUCCAUGUGCACCAAUCAUACUAUUUCUAGUAGUGUCUAUAUAUAUGUAACAUUUAUAGUGGUACCUCGGCAUACAAACGCCCCAUUUUGUUGCAGCAAACAAAGCAUUUUCAGCACACGAGUGAACAAACCAAGCCGAACCGAAUGCCAGCUAAUUUGCACAAAUGUUCGAGAGCUGUUCAAAACUUGUUAGCGCCAGUGGAAAGCCAAGCAAAGCGAGUUUAUGUUUGUUUUUUUGCAUUUUGAGCAAGAUAGUGAAGCACCAUGGGUCCCAAGAAUAUUAUCAAGUCCGCAAGCAAGAAGAAAAGGGAGCCGCUUUCAGUUUGGAUUUUAACGCAGCCGGUGCCGAGAGGAAUCAUAAAUUAAAGUUAAGUGAGGUUUACUUAAUUUACAUGUUUUUAUAAAAUGUUUUGAUUGUUUUCAAAUGCGAAAAAUAUAAUUAUAGUGUUGGAAAUUGGUAAUGUUAGUAAUAUUUUCGAGUGGCUGGAACGGAUUAUCUGCAUUCACAUUGUUUCCUAUGGGACAAUGUGUUUCACAAUAUGAAAUUUAACUUCAAGAACUCGCCUCCAGAACAGGUUAAAUUUGUACGCUGAGGUACCGCUGUAUUUGCCAAAAGAGAGAAGGUAUGCUUUAGUAUUAAUCUAUUAAAUAACUUAUGGCACCCCCUGGUGGUUUAACGGCCCAAAGAGACCAAUUUUUUUAUUUGGAGCAGUAACAGUAUUUACUGUAUGAGUGGCUGAAAUCUACAUGGUUUAUACAAGAUGAUGUGGAGGGGAAUGUCUCAAAAGGAAGCAUUUUGCUGUUUAAUUUUGCUGCUGUAUCUUUGCAAAAGAAAAUCGAAAUGAUGAUGAGGCAACGUAAUAAAUAAAAAACAAUC